CGUUGUACAGUAAAUUCUGAAAGGCCGGGUCUUACUAGGGUCAUAUACUUUCUACGGCUCACGUUACCUAUCAGUGUACGCCGAAAAAAAAAACCUUGAAAAAAAAAACCCAACUGUAUAGCCAAUGCAGAAACGCAGAGAUCUGUAUUCUCGCUGACAUAUCACAUGUUCCUAUCCGGUCACUCUUCACGAUGGACAAGACAGACUCAGAGUACACAGAUCGAAUGGUGGAUUCGACUGGAAAUGGGCAGAUCGAAGACGAAAAUGAAACAGAUGCAUUUUUGCCAACGGAACCAGCAGUUCCCGCCGGCGGGCAACAAUGCAACGGGAAGCUACGAAACCUUGUUGCUUUUUGGAUACUUGGGUCAAGUAGUUGCUACAUGUAUGUGGUCAUGCUGAGUGCUGCCUAUGACAUCCUUGGGGAAAAUUAUGAGACACAGGAUCUAGAGCAUAUACUUGGAAUGCUGUCCAGGAAUACAACGGUCAAUGAAAACGAUACAUCGACGGGUAGGCUCGACUGCCAAUCACUGUCAACAGGGGCUGUUCUCAUCGCAGAUAUCCUACCCGAAAUGAUUGUUACGCUCUCAGCACCAUGGUAUCUUCAUUUUGUUUCCUACGAUAUCAAGGUUAGCUGUACUGUUGCAACAGCCGUACUGAGCUGCCUCAUCGUCGCCUUGGUACCGUUUAGAGCUCUUACCAUAUUGGGUGUUCUGUUCGCAAGCGCAUCCGCUGGCUUCGGGGAAUUCACUGGAGUCAGUCUGCUGUCAUUCUAUGACAAGAGUGUGGUGUCCGCCUGGUCCUCGGGUACUGGUGCUGCCGGACUUGUUAGCGCCCUGGUGUAUGCUGGACUGACCGAAAUUGGAAUGACACCGAGGCAUGCGGUUCUAGUACAGGUCAUCGUGCCAUUUUGUAUAGCAGUCAGUUACUGGGGCGUUUUAGUAAGAGCCCCUACUUCGAACCGCUUCAAAAUGGACGAUGAGGGGGACGAGGAUCCAGACCGCCUCGUGGAGUACGACCCAUUCCAAGGCAAAUGCAAAGAUUCUGAAGAGCGCCAUCUAACGUUUCAAGAACGAGUUCACUACUUGAAGUACUUAUUGAAGUACAUCAUCCCUCUUUGGCUAGUAUAUUUUGGCUCAUACUUCAUUAAUCAUGGCUUGCUGGAGUUGAUCUUUGUCCGAGGAAUUUGGUUGACACACGAGAGUCAGUACAGAUGGUUUCAGGUGUUGUACCAGGCCGGCGUGUUCAUAUCGAGGUCUUCCAUCAAUCUAAUUUCUUUUCAAAGGCUGUGGAUCUUUCCGAUCUUACAGUGGGCAGUGCUGGUUGUGAUUCUAUGCGUCAUCUGCUUCGCAUGGACGCCUAGUAUUUUCAUCAUCUUCGCCAUCGUCUUCGUUGAGGGGCUUAUUGGUGGGGCUUCCUACGUCAACACCUUUUACCAAAUCUCGCAAAAUGAGGCUCCAAAGUAUAAAGAGUUUGCGAUGGGAGCGACUACAUCUGCCGAAGCCUCCAGCGUUGUAUUGGCCGGUGUGAUUGCGAUACCAGUACAUGAUCUCUUAUGUCGGCUGUAAUGGACAGGAGAAGGCAAGAUAGACUUUGUGGACCGAUCCAGUAAGCACCACCCCAUGGUGUUCUGACCAAUCAAAGUCGUGAUUUAUGUCCGACGUG